AUGGACCAGAACUCAAGAAGAAGACCCAAAACCAUCCUCGAAACCUGCGGCGAGGAAAUCGUAAGAAUCAUAACCCCCGUCUCGAUUUGCAUGCUCACCGUCGUUAUCCUCGUGUCCAUCCUCAACGGCGAUUCGUCCUCCACCUCAAACGGCGGCGGCUCGUCGAUCACCACCAUGGCCACCGUGGCCUACUCCGAGAACAGCUCCGACUCCACCUGGGACAAGCUCAAAGGUGCCCUUCUGAACUCGCUCGUCUUCGUGGUCGUCGUCACGCUCGUCACUUUCCUCUUGGUCCUCCUGUUCUACUUCAGGUGCACCAAGUUCCUGAAAUACUACAUGGGUUUCUCCGCAUUUCUCGUCCUGGGUUUCAUGGGGGCCGAGAUUGCCCUUUUCCUGAUCCAAGAUUUCAGCUUUCCGGUCGACUGUGUUACUUUUGCUGUGUUGUGGUUUAAUUUCACGGUUACCGGCGUCCUAGCCGUACUCAUGUCGAAAAUGGCUCUUUUCGUGACUCAAGCUUACCUCGUUCUGAUUGGGGUUCUUGUUGCUUACUGGUUCACCCUUCUGCCUGAAUGGACCACUUGGGUUCUUCUGGUGGCCAUGGCAUUGUACGAUCUUGCCGCUGUUUUGCUGCCUGGUGGGCCUCUCAGGCUCCUGGUCGAGCUCGCGAUUUCUAGGGAUGAAGAGAUUCCUGCGCUCGUUUACGAGGCUAGGCCUGUUAUCCACGAUCAUGGUCCGAGCAGUGACGUGGCGCGAAGAAGGGUGUGGAGAGAGGAAACGAGCCGUUCGGGUGAAAAUCGAAAUUCGGAAAACGAGACGAAUUUUGUGAAUGUGGAGGAGGGUCGGGUAAUGGCUGUGGAGAACGAGCUCAAUGCCCCACUUAUUCAACAUGUGAAUUCGGUGGAGAAUAGUGUCUCGAGCAAUGAUCUUGUUCUUGAAGGAAUUGGUUUGGGUUCGUCUGGUGCGAUUAAGCUUGGAUUGGGUGACUUCAUUUUCUACAGUGUGUUAGUUGGUCGAGCGGCCAUGUACGAUUUCAUGACUGUCUACGCGUGCUACCUUGCUAUUAUAGCUGGCCUCGGUGUAACUCUUUUGCUCCUCGCGUUUUACCGUAAGGCUUUGCCUGCACUUCCUGUGUCCAUCUUGCUAGGUGUGUUGUUUUAUUUGUUGACUCGGCUUUUGCUCGAGGAUUUUGUCGUACAAUGUUCUAUGAACCUGUUGAUGUUUUAA